UAGAUGAUCGUAGACACGACAAAUCACUGUCACUUGAUGUAAAAUGGUUUAAUCAGGGUAAUUUUGUUCAAAUAACUAUGGCAGGUACAAAAACGAAAAUGCGAUGAAAAACGAUGUGGUCACUCAUAAUUGAAUGGUACACCGAGGCACAUAAUGACCAACCACUGCAGGACGCUCGUUUAGGCAAGUUCACCUAGUACUUGUGCCCAAGAAGUUUAUGGGAGUCAUGAGACCUUAUGUGUUCACCAUAACUGUUUAAUUUUAAAUGUUUAAAAAGUAAGUAAAAUGUAAAUAUUAAAUCGCCCAAUAAAGAACAUUAUUUCGCCUUUGUUUCGCACAUUUGAUCCUAUAUGUCAAUGUCCUUUGUCGUGAUGGAUUUAGGAUUUAUUGAAUUUCAAAUAAAAUCAUCAAAAAAUAUGUUUGUCACCACAAACAUAAACUUCAGCCGCUUAUAAAUGUCAAAUUCAUUUAUUUUUAUCGUUCUUUAAAAACAAAUAUAUAUAAUGAAAAAAAAACAAGGAUUAUAAUCGCUUAUCACACGAUAUCAAUGUUAUCUAGCGUUCACGUCGGCGAUAGUGUUUUAGUUUAGCUUCUACUAUGAGUGCAGACGAGUGGUGCCACACUAUGGACGAGUUCCUCGGGAAACAAUACGUUAUGGUGGCGCAUGAGCACUUCGACGAAUACCUCGUGUUUCUGGGUUUAGGUUAUAUUUAUCGUAAAGCAGCAAUCAAUUUGUGGCCAAUCCAUGUACUGACACGCAACGAAGACGGCACUUACACAUUUGCAUUAAAAUCCAAGUUGGCUAGCUCAUCGUGUACCUUCAAACUGGGGGAGACCUUCGAGGAGACGAGAGCCGACGGUGUCAAGGUUGAGGCGCUCAUAAUUUUGGAAGGGAAUGUGAUGAGGCACACACAAAUAGACUCAAAUGGCAAGAUAUCAACACAUAUUCGAGAAUUUUAUCCGGAUAAACUUGUAGUGACGACCACGGCCGCAGGAUUUGAUAAAACAGUAACAAGAGUUUUCAAUUUGGUUAAAUAGGAUUUUAAAGACUGCAAGGAUUGGGGAUAACUGUACAUAUUGGGAAAAAGAUAACAUUGCUGUUAAGUAAUAAAUACCGG